GCUGGCAAUUGGGUUUGUGUAGUUCAUGUGUGAAGUACGGGGACCGGCGAACAGUGCGCGGUCGAUUUUACGUGGAUAGUCACUGUCUCGAGGCGAUUCCCAUGCGUAGCCAGUUCAAUUCGAGUGUCACAGAAAAAGAUACAUUUACCCUUGUUGGGUGGACGAUUCUGCGUUGAUCAGUUAUCACAAAGCAAACCAGUAUCGGCGGAAAAACUCCCGUGGGGUCAAUAAAAUGUGAUUUUCGUGUGUAAGUCCUGGACGGUCUGGAACGGGAAGUGAAGCUUCCAUCGUGCGCUCUCCCACUAUCGAUUUUCCUCCGUGGCGCAGUUCUCGUUGUUGAUCAUUUUGUUGUUAGUCGGCGCGGGCUCAACUCAGCUCGAAUUGCCGCAGCCUCGAGCGCGGCAAGAUCUUUCAGAAGCGAAAGAAAAUCCGGUUUUCCUCCAAGUCGGAUUCGUUCUUGAUGUGGAUUUCUUGUUGCAUAUCGAGUUUUUGUGAUAAAAUUACCGUUGUUGCUUUUUCACAUUACGUAUCUUGUUAUCCGACGCGGUAGUGAGAAGCGGUCGAAAAAUAGUUAUCAGAUUCGAGUGCCGCGAAGACUUGCGUAGUGGCUGCCUAGUGUUGGGCUUAGAUAAAAGUAGGAAUAAGUGUUGGAGGUUUCGAGUGGAAACGGUGUUAAUGUUGCUCAGUACUGUGAAAAAAUCUGUCCCGUUGUUCAUCGUAUUAAUUCUGUGUCGAAUGAAUAUUGAGGUCGAAACUAAUUCACUUGAACCGUUUGAAAUGCUUCGAGGUGCUGCCCCCUAAGAAACGUCCAUUUCUGUCUGUUCCUGUUCAGUGUGUGCUGAUCCCAUGACCUCCUGCAUCGCGGGCACGGGUAGUUCGGUUUGUCGUCGUCCGGUCGUUUGAGGUCACAAUGCUGCAGAGCGCCGAGCAACCAUCCUUCUCGUCUACGGAUUCGUCAAGACGUCGAUCAACCUUCUACGUUCCUCUCACCCGAACAGACGCUGAUGAAAACAUAAUUGUAAACAGUGAAAAACUUACCUCCCUUCUGGGAAAACACUUAGCGGAAUCUCACCUUUAUGGGAAAGAUAUGAGUCCACCGUGCGGAUUCAACUGGAGCCUGACAGACGCCCUAGUGGGUCAUAAGACGCGAAGAUCCGACAGCGUGAACAGUGCCAAUAGUAGCCAAAAUACGCCGAAUAAUGCCCGUUCAAAGCGCUAUGGAGUAGUUUUGAAUGGGAUCAGUCUAGACGAUGAGGAUUACAACGAUCUGCUGAAGAGGAGCACCUCCACGUCCAAAAUACCUCCUGAUUUGGAAGGUCAUCGUGAUCAGGACGAAGAUGAUGCAGAAAUCUGUCGGAUGCAAACUAAUACAUCAACCCCCAUCAAGGACAUGAAGUGUCGUUCGCGGUCAAACAUCCUCUCAGUUCCCCAGACCUCAGAGUCCAGUCUGAACCUGGCCAGCAAAGUUCAUUCCUCACCCUCUCGCUUGACUGUGAAAACGAAAUCCAAAACGCUUCCCCAGAACCUUUCUCCCGCCGCGGCGGGCAUCAUAUCAAACACUUUCCCACCGAAGAAUCUUUUCCUAUUGAAAUCGACUCCAAAGAUUCUGCCCUCGGCUGCGUCAUCGCAUCCAACUACAGCAACUUGUUCGGCAACUUCAGCGGCCGCCACAAAGAAUUACUCAUCAGAUACUUCAGUGACGUCACCGCAAGUUACCCCGAAGAAAUCUCUGAGUUUCAUUAGACGUGCACAUUCCACGAAACUUUCUCGUAGUAAUUCCCUGCUCAAGUCGCUCACCUCAUCGUCAUCAUCUUCAUCGAAAUCAUCUUCCGCGGAUGGCGGAGCAUCUUCCAUGCAGUAUGCGGACUACAACGUCCAAACGUUACCGCUCGACCGUUUGGAGCGAUUUUUGCGAUCGGACAAAUGCUUGGAGAUUUUGCGGGAAUACUUUCUGAUAAAGGAAUAUGACCCAAACGACACGCAGGUGACAACGGAAGGAAAUAGGACGAGAGUGAGGAUAGUGAGUCCUGUGACUGCCGCUGAAGAGGAUACAGCUGUGCAUUCGGAUACUUCUUAUGAGAAAGCAUGUCGACGUGGUUCGGCACCGGCUACUCCAAUAUUGGGACAGAAACAACCACCGCAAGAGACACAGACAACGUCACGUUUUACGAAUUUUUUCUCAAAACGAUCAAAUCCAUUGAAACGUACAAAAUCUGUAACGAAAUUGGAACGUUCAAAACGAGGAGCAGGUGGUUUGAGAGGCUCAAGAUCACAUGAAAGUUUACUAUCCAGUCACGCAGUGAUGUCGACAAUAGACCUCUCCUGCACCGGAGCGGUUGGUGUCGCGCCUGUUCAUCAGUCUGUACUAGGACGUCAACAUUGCUUUCAAGUUCGCGGAGGUCCACGUGGGGAGCGCUACUACAGCUGUGGAUCAAGACAGGAACGUGACCUUUGGAUCUACAGUCUCCGUAAAUCAAUUGCACCAAAUGCUGAACAUACUCGCAGAACAGACAAUUCACUCAAGAUGUGGAUCUACGAGGCGAAGAAUUUACCGGCAAAAAAGAAAUAUUUCUGCGAAAUAAAUUUGGAUAAAACACUGUACGGUCGGACGAGUGUUAAACUUCAGACGGAUCUUCUAUUUUGGGGAGAAUAUUUUGAUUUUCCCGACAUACCAGAAAUCAAUGUUAUAACAGUGAACGUGUUCCGAGAAAUUGAGAAAAAGAAGAAACGUGACAAACACAGUUUGGUUGGAUCAGUGAAAAUUCCUAUACAUGAGGUGACGACGAGAUUGUUUUCUGAAGAUUGGUAUCCUAUCUUAUCAGAAAAACAUGACAGUAUAAGUCGAAAUUCCUCGAAGGAAGUUGUACCAACUUUGAGGAUAAAAUGUCGCUUCCAGAGUAUAGACAUCUUACCUCUGCCUAUUUACACAGACUUCUUGCAAUAUUUGAGGGAAAAUUACAAGAAGGUGUGCGAAAUCCUAGAACCUGUGAUUGGAGUUAAAGCCAAAGAAGAUAUUGGACAAGCUUUAGUGCUUCUUAUGCAUGCUCAGGGCAUGGCCGGAGCAUUUCUAACAGAUGUGGUAGCUUUGGACUUAUUGAGAGUAGGAGAUCAACGAUUGACCUUCCGCGGAAACUCCUUGGCGACGAAAAGCAUGGAAGCUUUUCUGAAGUUAACCGGCGAGCAGUACCUUCAAGAUACACUGUCUGAACCACUAAAUGAAAUUAUCCAGUCGAAUUGCGACUGUGAAGUUGAUCCUCUGAAGGCAACAGGGUCGUUGUCUAGACAACAACAAUCAUUACGCAACGCCGUCCAUUCGACGUGGGAAAGUAUAUCGAAAUCGCAUAAAAAUUUCCCGCCACAAUUGCGGGAAUGUUUCGCAACUUUCCGGGAACGCCUGCAGAUGCUUGAUCGUGAAGAUAUGGCUGAUAAUUUGAUUUCGGCGUCGAUCUUUCUACGCUUCUUGUGUCCAGCUAUUCUCUCGCCCAGCCUAUUUAACAUUACCAACGAGUUACCUUCAGCGAGAGUUACCCGAAACCUAACUCUGGUUGCAAAAACCUUGCAAACACUAGCUAAUUUUACUCGUUUCCAAGGAAAAGAAAACUUCAUGGAAUUUUUGAAUGAUUUCCUGGAACAAGAAGCGCCACGUAUGAAAGACUUCCUUCAUCAGAUUUCGGCGCGAUUGGAAAGCAAUAAUCAUGAUUCAAUUUUGGAGUGGGCAGGUUACAUUGAUCAAGGGAAGCAGCUGUCAAUCCUACAUCAACUUCUUUCGGAAAGUAUACAAAAGCUAUCGAGUGAUCGACAAGCGGAACUCGAUCCGCUUCACUCUAUAUUGGAUGAAAUAACAAAAACCAAAGAAAAUGGUGUAAUCAACACCAUUCAAAAUCAAGAGAAUCAAAACCCUGCUUAUGCUCCUCAGCAACAGGCUAUUGUGAAUCGGCUUUCAGCUGAUCGAGGCAUUAUAAGAGGCGUUUUGACCCCAACCUCACUUGAGAAAAACAUUUUCCGAUAUAACGAUCCGACGGUUUCGCCUCUCCUUCAAAAGAACAAUGCAUCAAACAACAGUCAAUUGAGCAUCCAUAGUGCAUCGCAACAACAAUUGCAUGGAAACUUGCAGCAUUCGCAUUCUCAAUCUUCGAUUGCUUCCUCUCAAAAUGGGGGCGGUGCAACAGGUAUAAUGAUUCCAGCAACAAUCCACAUGCCCCCUUCGGCCUCAAGUACAGUUGAGAGAAAUGCAAACGGCGGGGCCUAUAUUACCACAAACAGUUCUACCCACUACUUUCCUAGCAAUGGAAACCUGACUACCGCUAGUGGAGAAAACAUGGAACGGAUGAGCCCGAGUGUUAUGAGGGCGAGUACUUUACCCAGAAAUAAUGCUCAUAUUUCUAGCACACCGAACAACAACUACGAAGAAUCGGGCAUAAACUUGAUCCAAAUAGAACCAGCGACGGCAUUUGUUCGAAAGAGUCCCACACCCUUGCUUAAGUCAAGUGCAAACAAUUUCGCUAACCGUAACCGUGUUCAGUCCACUAAUUCUCAACUGAGUGUUGCUCUUAGCGAACGAUCGCCCAGUAAGAACACAAUCAACAUUAAUCUUGGUAUGAGUGAUGCGCACAACAAUCAACCCCCACUCUUGGGAAAUUCAAAUGUUCAGCAAUCGAACUCCACUUGCAACAUGCCAAUGAAACUUGAAGAUUUGGACGACCUGCUCAAGUAUGCAGAGGAGCAUGCUAACGACCCUCCACCUAGUAAAAGUAAAUCUACCAAAGAACAUCUCACGUCAAAGGGAAGCAAUAUUUCAAUCGGAGAAUGUAGUUCUGGUUACCAAAGUAUCAAUACUCCAUCGCAAUCUUCCAGCUCUGUGGAGCAUCACGAUUAUAAUAAUGGAAUGCCCCCGAAGAUGAGCAGCUCAUUCGCAGCGAAUCGACAUGCAAACUCGAAAUUGCAGUCGAAUAACAAGUACAAUAACUAUGUAGCUUUAGCCGCCGAGAACAAUAAUUCUGCAGUGGCGGAAACCUUACAAGCUUUAGCUUUCCACAAUCCAAUGUACCAACUUAAACAGCCUCACACCCACCAUCAUCAUCAUCACCAUAACAGAAACGUGUCCUCGUUUUCGACUUGCAACGGGAAUAGUCCCAACUCGAGAAAAAAUGUGGUUACCGCUUGUCCCGCUUCAUCAUCGUUAACACCUUCGAGUAGCGAGGAGAAUUUGAGCAACGAUAACUUUGCAACUAACUGUAAUGCAACUAGCUUUAAGAAUCUCAUCAACACCUCAGGUGUGGCUGGUAUCGGAGAUAUGGGAAGUGUCGGUAAGGAACAUUGCCUGUCCCAUCGAACGCUUAGCGGAAGUAGUAGUAGCGGCACAAGUGGCAGGGUUCCACGCACGAACCCAUUAAUGCAGUACAAACGUGAGGAUUCACAUACGAAUGAUUCAUAUUUGCCAGUAGCCCCCUAUAUGGCGGCGAAUCGGGAUGGACUAUUCCUUAAUGGACACGCUAGGGUUGGUGUAUCGGGCGGACAUAGGAUGCAUAGGAGAUUGAGCUUGGAAUCAGCUGUUUCGGAUAGUUCGACAGAUACUGAAGCUGACGGUCGCGCUGUCGGAGAUGGUAAGCGUCGUCGUCCACCACGUUCGGCCGAACAAUGCGAAAUUCAGCGACUUCAAGCCUCAUUGGACUCUCUUCGCCAUAAACUGGAUCAAGAUGCAGCUGAAUUGAGAGAUUCAAAUGACGAUUUGUUUGCCCUACAGAAAACUGGAAGUGCAGCUAGCUUAUCAGGUGACUCAAAAAUGCGUAGCAUAAUUGAAAGACUAAUUACAAUGGAAGAGGAGUUACGACGUGAACAACUCAAAAUGUCAUUAGCUCUUUCACACAAGCAACGCGUAAUUGAAGCUCAGGGACAACAAAUCGCAGCAUUGGAUGCAGCCAACAACCGUUUGCUGAGUGCCCUUUCUGCAUUACGACAACGUUACGAGAAUCAGCAACAGCAAAACCAACAACAAUCCAAUGGCAAUUGUUAAAUCGAAGAGGCAACCAACGAUUGCGGAUUAAUCACUCUCGCAUUGAAAAGAAUGCAUUUAAUUUAUUUGUAAUCGGGAUUAGCGUCAUUGCGCUCGAAGUUAAUCCCGUGCUCUAACAGUACAUACUCCAUUAGAGUGAGUUUUAUAUUCAUUUUAAUCAGCUCAAUGUGGAAUGGCUGGUCGCCCUUAAUGAGAAUAGCAAUAUCGUUACAAAAGCCGGUGAAAAUACGCUGAGCAGGGCAUGAAAACCCGUUUGUCUGUAAGAGUUCUUUAGUGAGUAGCAUGAAUAAGAUGGAUUCGACCAGAUUUCCAUCGUUUGUAUGUAGUUUAUAGACGUUGUACAGUUUUCCUUUCGCUAUGUAUUUAUUUAAUAUUAAUAUUUGUUUCAAAGAUGUUCUUCUAAUCUGAAAUCAGAGAAAGCAAAGUAUUGUUUUUUGUACAUAAAAUUAUUUCGUUUAUAAAAAUGUAUUUAUAAAUGUUUCUUUUCGAAUUGUUUCUAAUAUAUUUUCCUUUGAAUUUCUGAAAAUCGCUCUAUUGCUUUCCGAUUUGGAAAUAAGGAAUCACGGCUUUAACUCCACAUUGUUCGUGCUUUGAAGCAGAACAAGAAUGGAGUCUGUUUGGCUUUUUGAAUACUAAAUCGCAGUAGUUGCCUCAGACCCGGACGCCCCGUACAAUCAGUAUUUGACAAAUAUGUUCAAAAAUUAUUUAUUUUAAACAUAUAUAAAUGGUACGCUGUGAAAUUAACAAACUCUAAAAAUUCAGGACACCUCUCCUCACGUUCAGGCACCCGUUCGACAAAAUUACCUCUAUCAAACUCUACGGAGAAGUUUUCCACUCGACAAAUUAUGAAUCUUCAUAUUUCCUUCUUAUAUCGAAAAUAGGAAAGGUUUUGUACUAUCUACAUUUUUAUAUACAAAUAGAGAAUGCAAUAACCAAAGAAGUAAAUAUCAUUUGCUCCUCCAUAUGUAAUUUCCAAAAAUAGUAAGAGAAUUGUUCAAAUUUACAUGAAUAAAUUAAAGAUUAAAUGUUGGAAACUUGUCCAAGUAAGUCUCCAAUUUUAUAAUCAUAAACAGUAGAGAAAUAGCGUUAAGUAUACACAAAUGAAACAGCACAAACACAUAAUGCAAACAGAGUAUAAAAAGAUUUAUAUUUAGAGAUAAUAAUAAAAGUUCGGUGAAAAAAGUAGAAUUACAAAUCGCUGCCCGAAAAUAAACUUGUAAUCUGCCGCUCAUUGUUGUUUUUAGGACCUAUUUCGUUUUUAACAAAGACAAAUUAUACGUGCACCAAAGCUACGUCUGAUCAACGUUUUUGACGCAUAUCUGAACGCUUCUAGCCUAUUUGAUUACUAAAGCAGGUCUUAUGCAUGGGAGCUCCAGCCGUCAUGAAUCAUUUAAGCUUUGCAUUGAAGAGUGGGAGUCACUUCAUUGAUCGUUUUUUUCUAGCGUUCUUUUGCUUUCGUUUGAUUCAAUUUGGCAAUAAUCUAAGAUAUGAUUGGAAAUAGUGCAUUUGUAAAGCGGAUAUCUUAUGUAGUUGAGACUUGACGAAAAUGUGAAAACGUAAAAAAUAUAUACAAUAUUCAAUGAUAAUUGAAAUCAAAA